CGUUCAGAGGUGACUCUCCUCCUUAGCGAGGUUCACGUGCGUCCUUAAACAUCCCCGAGCUCACCGGCUGGAGACAGACAGACGGAGCGCGCGCCACUCCGCGAGCUCGUCGGAGCCUUGUCCUCGUUUUUGGUUUCUUUUCAUUUUCCGCAUGAGUGCAAUGCGCAGCUGCUUAUGGGAUUGUUGAGAGGAAAAUUCAAACGGUCGAGAGUGCUCCCUCCUCGAAUCAGGUAAAACAAACUUCAUGGAUUUUUAGAUGAAGAUACAUCUGCCGUGAUGACAACGCUGUGAUCGCGACUCUAGUCGGGGUGAACCCAUUAUAGGUAAGACAAGUAACUUUAUAUCCGUUUUCUUCUUUUUGCUCUAUUCUGUUUCUAAAGUGAACUGAAACCACUUCAUUUAUUCAUCACUGACUGAUUUAUUAUUAUGGAGGUGAAUUAAAUAAAAGGACAGUUUUGCGUGUUUGCCCAGAGACUGUUUCAAAGCCCACAAAUCAAACAGAAAUCUCAGCUGAUGUGUGCAGAGUUUCUCAACACUGUUAAUGACUGACACGACUUUGCUCUUUUUACUUCGCUUCUGACGAAACUGCAAUUUGCCUAUGUGGUCGACUGAAUCUUCAGACAUUCAGUUUAUUUUAUGAAAUGUUCAUUUUUCACUAUUAUAUGUGCACGAUGCAUUUCCCACUGGUUAGUUUGUUGAGAAAUAGCUACCUGUUGCAUGUGAAGAGUGCGUUGAAUGCAACGUGGUCUUUCUACCAAUGCCUAGUUUGUUCAUUCAUUAAGAUGAUUUUAUUGUUCACAGCAGGAACUGACAAGCUUAUUUCUGUAGUUUUUCUCUGUUGAAGUAAAUAAUUAAAGUUGUAUCUGCUCUGAACAAAUAGUAUUUCAUCAACUGAUGUAUUGUCCAAGACUACAUGUUCUCACUCAGUAAAUUAGCAUGUAUCUGUCUCUGGGGUCAAAGAUUGUUUUCAGUGACAUCCGUUCACCAAAUAUUCCACACUGUCCAAAUCUUCCUGCUGCUACAGAAUAAAAACACAAACGUGUCUUCUCUUAUGCCACUGGCACUGAAAUUAGUUGUCACAUGCUGUUUACCUCCUGUGAAUCUGACAGCAGCAAGCCUACUGGCAGUGAUCCGCCUCAUUUAAUUACCCAGGCUGGGAUUCGUUCACAUCCAAGCCAACCCCUAUAACUAGACAAUGGAAAAGUCCAGGAAGAAUUCAGCGUAACCGCUCACAGCUGAUCAUUUAUGUGAAAAUACAAACAUUUCCUCCAUUUCCUGGAGUGCAUGUGUUUUGUUGAAGGUUGCUUAAUUUCCCUUGGUAGCACUGGUCUUGACCAAAUAAACUCAAAGUGGCUGUGCUCUUCUUCAGACACGCCAUCAGCCAGGUUCUCUAGAGAGGUGAUCAAGAUGUAAAAUCAAUGCAUUUGCUGCAGGAACGGCUGUCCUCAUGCAUGACUAGAAAAAGUAAACAAAUAUAACUGUCAUUCAUGUGCAGUGUCAUUACAGAAUGUCGUGAUAGCAGGUCAGGCUGAGUGCUUCGACUCGGCAUCGGUCACCGGGUAAAAUCAGAGCAGGAAGGAAGAUUAAUAUCAGUCUUUAUUCUGCUGGGAUCCUAUCAGCUAAAAUCUUUACUGAGUGGAAUUUUUUUAUUUUUAUUUUUUUAUGAAUGUCCUUUUUUUUGUGCAGGUGGGAUGCCGUGAUUAACAUCAGACAUGAACUGUACCAUGGAAUCCUGGGUUUUCCAGUCAUCUCCUCCAAACUUAUCGGAUCACUUCAUGUACGAGAGUUUUAUGCAGGUCAAUGAGUCUAAUAUGACUAGGAGCAGCGCAGACCCCACCUUCAAUAGAACCAGCACAGUAGUGAUCACCUGCAUGUACUUUCUGGUGUGUGCGGUGGGUCUUUGUGGAAAUGCCCUUGUCAUCUACGUCAUCUUGCGUUACGCUAAGAUGAAGACCGUCACCAACAUCUACAUCCUCAACUUGGCAGUGGCAGAUGUGCUCUUUAUGCUUAGCUUGCCAUUCAUAGCCAUCCAGUUGGCGCUGGUCCACUGGCCUUUUGGGCCUGUGCUCUGCAGAGUCGUGAUGACCGUUGACUCUCUGAACCAGUUCACUUCCAUCUUCUGCCUGAUGGUGAUGAGCAUUGACCGCUACCUGGCCGUGGUGCAUCCUAUUAAGUCUACAAAGUGGCGGAAGCCCCGCAUUGCCAAGACUAUCAAUCUAGCUGUCUGGGGGGUGUCACUGCUGGUUAAUCUACCCAUCGUCAUCUACAGUGGUCUCAUCACAAAGCUCAAUGGCUGUUUCUGCACCAUUGUGUGGCCUGAGCCCCAAGAGGCCUACUACACAGCCUUCAUGUUCUACACCUUCAUUUUGGGCUUCCUGUUGCCCCUUAUGGUCAUCUGCCUUUGUUAUUUGUUCAUAAUCAUUAAGGUGAAGUCUUCAGGUAUCCGAGUGGGCUCCUCCAAGAGGAAGCGCUCGGAGAGGAAGGUAACCAGGAUGGUGUCCAUAGUGGUGGCGGUGUUUGUUUUCUGCUGGCUGCCUUUCUAUGUCUUUAAUGUGACAUCAGUGACAGGAACCAUCAACACAACUCCCAUCCUGAGGAGCAUCUUCGCCUUUGUGGUGGCUCUGGGGUAUGCCAACAGCUGUGCAAACCCCAUCCUAUACGCUUUCCUAUCGGAGAACUUCAAAAAGAGUUUCCAGAAUGUCCUGCACCUUAAGAAGGUGGGAGGGCUGGAUGAGGUUGACCACAGUGACAGCCGACAGGACAAAUCCCGCAUGAUAAAUGACCCCACAGAGACACAGAGCACUUUACUGAAUGGCGAGCUGCAGACCAGCAUCUAGGAGGAAGCUGCUAAGAACUACAAACACCAACUGUCAUUUUUUCUUAAUAUCCCAC